AUGGUACCUCCGAAGGCGACCUUAUUUGGAAAGACGGUCACUGUAGCUGACAGCACUGUGACGCUGAGCAGGUUCCUGGGCCGUGGCUACCGCGAGCUGGCCAGAAACUGGAUUCCCGCGGUGGGUGUGUGGGGCGCCGUGGGCACUCUGGGGCUGUUGUGGGCCACCAGCUGGCGGCUGAUUCUGGACUGCGUGCGCUACCUCAAUGGCAAGGUUAAGAAGGUCAGUUAA